AGAAGAUAGAGGUUAUAUUAGUUUCACAUUUUAAAUCUUUAGAAGUAUUAUUAUUUAAGUCAAAAUACUUUUGAAAGGUCAUAAAGACUAAAAAACAGACUUCGAAUAUUCAACAAAAAUGUCCCAUUGUCGAAGAUUGGGUCCAAACGACAAAGAUAUUGUAAUAUUUGCUACAAAAGAAGACCAUAAAAUACCAAGCAAAGUCAAACUUCCUGAAGUCCAGCCUCCACCAGGACUGAUUUUGGAUAAUGGAGACAUAAAUUGGAACUGUCCUUGUUUAGGAGGAAUGGCCACCGGCCCUUGUGGUGUUGAAUUUAGAAAUGCAUUUAGUUGCUUCCAUUAUUCAGAAGCAGAUCCUAAAGGAAGUGAUUGUUAUGAUCUUUUUAAGACUAUGCAAGGUUGCAUGCAGAAGUUCCCAGCUUUAUAUAAUAAGGAUAUGGGAGACGAUGAUCAUGAUGUUAAUAAUAGUGCAAAUGCUCUGGCCUCAGCAUCAGCAGCUGAUUCAAAUGAAAUAAAAAGUAGUGAUGCCAAACAAUUAAAAAGUGGGAACUCUGUAGAUAAUAAGGAUAAAUAAAAUCGGGUGUACAGUUUAUGUUCUUUGUUUGAGGUUCCAUAGUAGAAGAGGAUCAUUAAUAUAGUUUUGUUUAUUUUGGAAACGAAGAAAUAUAAUUUAAAGUAAAUUGUAGUUGUUUUAAAAAUUUAAUAAUUGUUUGCCAAUUUAGUUGGCAUCAAAAAUAUAUAAAGAUACCAUCUUUGGUCUAUUAUACUACAACUUUUUAUGCCUAUUAAUAGCUGACUUUUGUUUCUGAUGUUAAACAUUAGUUUUUUUCUUAGUUCCAAAUUAGUUCAAUUGGGAUUGCAAUUUGGUUUACUGUAUUAAAUACACUAUUGUAAGUGCCAACUACAAUCUUCCAUUAAGCUACUGGUUAUGCAACAAAAGAUUGGUAACUAUACCCACAUUUCUCUAUAAAAAGACAAAUAGACAAGGAUUUACAACUUUAAUGGCAAAAUGAUUAAUUCUGUACUAUAUUAAACCUUUCACCUAAAACAAAGGACACAACUAUGUAGCUCUUUAGGUGUAUUUGACCUCAUAGUUCUUAGUAUUACAUUUUUGUACAAGUUAAAACUAUUUAUUUGAAAUUGUGUUAUACUUAAGUAUGUGAUACUGAUUUUCCUUAAGUAUAAUGAUGCAAUUAAGCCUUCUGAUGUUUAAAAAGAUAUUGUAUCUUGAUUAUUUGAAACUAUUAAUUUUGUAGUAUCCUGUAAUUGCAUUUAUGUAUCAUUAUUUAUGUUAAUA